AUGGCAAAAAGAAAAGCGACUGAAAAAGUUGAGCAAAAGGAGGUAAAGAAACCUACAAAAGCUCCACAUCCUAGAACAUCAAUUUCGAUAUGUAUACCAUCCACGGUGAUUUCAAACAAGAAUGCCCAUAAUUUAGAACAAAAAACCAUGAUAUGUUACCAAAUAGCCAAGGCGUGUCUCAUUUACAAUGUUGCUGAGAUUGUUGUUUUGAAAGUGCCUGAAAAGAGAAUGGGAGCCAAGGGAGAUGAAGAACAGAAAACUCCAUCUGCUGUGACUGUUGGGAACAAAGUUGUGUUCAAUGAGGAUUUCAACCCAGUACUGGAUGGUGUUGAGGAAAAGAAAAAUAAGGGAAAUGACAAAGCAAAUGGAUCUUUUGAUAAAUCAAAGGAAGAUGCAUUGUUGUUGGCCAGUUUGCUUCAAUUCUUUAUUACCCCACCCUAUUUAAUCAAGACGGUUUUCCUGCCGCAUCUCAAUCCACACAUGCAAGACAUUUUGCACAAGUUUAAAUAUGCAUACAAAUUGCCAAAAAUUACAACGUUGCCAUUUAUGCAAAACAACGAAGUUUAUAGGGAUUUCAAAGAAGGAAUCAUUAUACCACGAGAAACGCCAAAGAUCAAGGCAAAGCUGAAGAGUAAGAAAUUCAGAGUCAAGGCACCGCAUAAAGUCACUGUUAGUAAAUAUGUCAAUAUUGGUGAACGUGAAGCAUUGGAAUUGGAUAUUAGUAGAGAAAUCCCUAUUUAUCUGCGGGUUACUGUUGAUUUGAAGAACAAAACUAUUGUGAGUCCGCAAAGAGCAUAUGGUGUUGUUGGCCACGAGUCAAGUUUUGGCUAUUUGGUGCGUGUCGUUGAUGAUGGGUUCCACAAAGUAUUUACAAAGUCACCAGUGGUUGAUGGUUACAAUUGUACUGUGUUUGUGCUGUGCGAUGACUAUUUCAAUAAGUUGGGUAAGGUGUUGGAUGAAGUGAAGGAGUACGAAGAUGAUGAAGAAAGUCGUCAACAACAACAAGCACAAGUACAAGAGGAAGAAAAAGAUAAUAGCAAAAAGAUAUUGGUGGUGGUGGGCAAUUACAAAGACUUCCAGUUGAGUUUUGAAGAUGAUGAAGAGGCCAAGUCAACAAUGUUUGAAGGAUUGGAUGGUGUGCUGAAAUUGUUUGAUUAUAAGUUGAACAUUCCAUUGGGCUGUAGGACUGAGGAUGGUGUAUUGAUUGCAUUGACAAAGCUAUUAGAAUAG